AUGGAGGCCGACAAUCCCUCGACCUUCAGCGCAAAGCCACCCCCGCUGACUUCGGAUCAGCUUAAUUAUCUUAUCUGGAGAUAUCUCCAAGAGUCCGGAUACGCCGAAGCCGCCGUCAAGCUCCAACGUGACUGGAGGGUCGACGCAGAGAGUCUCCCUUUCGCCAAACACAUCAAAGGUCACGCCCUUGUUUCUCUUGUUCAAAAAGGCCUGCGUUAUCAUCAUCUAUCACUGACUAUUGAUGAAAAUGGCCGUCCUUCAAAGCAACUCAACCCGUCUAUGUUUUUCUUUGGCCCUGAGAGUGUGAAACCUCCGCCAGAAUUGCCUGAAGAGACUCUUGCAUCUGCAAGUUCCCCUGCCGGUCCUAAUGCUCCCCUCCACAGCAAGGUUCGCGAUGCUCAGUCAGUUGGUCCGCACGAAACAGCGACCCAUUCAGGACCAAAGAGGAGUCGCAAAGGUGAACGCAAUGGUAGUGCUGCACGCAAACCAUCCGCAUCGGCAACGAGAUCGGGAAACGCCUCUGCGAUGGAUGUUGAUAUGGUUAACGGCCACCCUCCCCGCGCGGAUGCCAGAUCACCUUCUGCAACCGAGACGGGCCUUGACGAGAAUACGCAUCUUGUGAAUGGAACAAGAACGGACGACCGUAUGGAUGUGGACGACGAAUCACUAAACGCCGAACAAGCGAACCACGAAUCUCACAUCGAAGCUUUACCCCCAAGUCAUCCUUCCACCACGGGGCCAAGCAUUGGUGUUCAAGUUGCGCCCGCCAAGGUAACAGACCUUUCGGGAUCCACCACCCUUCUUCAGAUUCCCUCUACAACCGAACGUGAAGAAGCCAAAACUAUUACGCGGAGUGCAUGGAGACCGGGCGACAACGAUUGCUUAGCCUCUAUGGGAGACGAUUUCUGUACUGUCUGGAAGUCAAUAAACCAAGGUUCCGACGCCGUUGACCAUCUUCGGUUCCAAGAACUGGUGGACUGUACCGAGGCGAAGCUAGUCAGUGCGCUGGCUUGGGACCCUAUUGGAGAUGUUCUUGCCGUUGCAACAUAUUCAGACCCCGCCGGAGAGAUACUCUUGUUUGAUGGUCAAGAACUGAACCUUAUGGAGGCUGUUCCAGCUUCGCAGAAGGCAAUUACGUCUCUGCGCUGGCACAGUCGAGGCCUGCGCUUGCUCGGUAUCGCGCCAUACUCUUCGGAUGCAGCUGACUCUGCUCGCAGCGCCGGAUCCACUAUAUUGCUCUGGGAUUUGUCACGAUCGCCAAACAUUGCCGGACCAUUGUCGAUAUCUGUCCCUGAGAUCCUGAUGGACAUGGAUUGUGCAUCAUUCGGCAUGAAUGGUGUUGUCUGUGUUGCGGGGGGAAACGCCGUCUACCAUUGCCGAGCCUUCUCCGACCUGAGCGUCGAGAACAAAUGGACAUCCGACUCAAAUGAGAAUGAUCAAUGGACUUUUGUCAGAUGUGCCUGGCGUGGGCCAACGGAUGGAACCGUGGUUGCGGCGUCUGGUGAUACCGCCAGUCUCUGGCUACCCGCUCACAACCUGAUGAAAAGAGAGGCGCAUGGUGCUCCCAUCACAGGACUUGAGUUACGCCCGCAUGCGCCCGACGCAAUAGAAUCACCUGCGAAGCCAGAAUUCGCCACGUCCUCAAUGGACGGGACCAUCAAGAUUUGGCGAUGUGACGACAGCAAUACGAUUACCUCCAUCUGCAAGCUCAUCAUCGGCCACGCUUCGCCUGUAAUGACACUUUCAUAUUCUCCAGACGGCUUUUGUCUGGCAGGCGCCAGUUAUGACACAGUACGCAUCUGGAAUGCCGAGCAUGGUCAUAGCCCCAUGGCGACAUGGAAAGGUGAGCAGGAGUCCUGGAGAGGCUCGAAGUUGAAGGAGGAUGAUGCGUUGAGCGUCGGUGGCAUGUCUGGGGUAAAUGGAGAAUCGUCACAGGCUAUUGCCGAUCACACUCUGGCAUGGGAUGAGGAAAGUAAAAAGCUUGCAUUUGGCCUUGGGGCUCAGAUUGCUGUCAUCAACUUCCAACGCUGA